AAAUAGACACACAAACAAACAUAAGUAAACAAACACAAACACAAAAAAACAAAUAAGCAAACGCAAACAAACAAAUAAAGACAAACCAACACACACAAACAAACACAAACAUGACAAAUCAAACUGUAAAGCUCAGAUUUCUAACACUGAUUCUCAGGUCUACUGAAUAAUUCUAAUUUUUAAUCUGAUCAUUUAAAGCCUAGUUUUUAAAGAAACAUCAGAUUUGGUGACAUACUGUACAGGUAUAGAUGUUUUUGUGAAUGUUUUGGUGGAAACCAGGUUCCUCAAGAGGUCUCCUUUAUUACAUGGUUCUAGCUCUGUAAAGGAGAUAAAGCUUCUACGUGUCCUCCAGGAUCAUCUCCAAACUGAUCCCACUCACAAGUGUGAGUGAACUCCAGCACAGUGGCAUCAGCCUCAUGCAUCCCUCAACCCAGGGCAGUGAGGACGAAGCCCUCGAGCUCCUGAGCCACACUGGCUUUGACGUCAACUUCCUGCUGGCUCCAGAACAUUCCUGCAUGUAUGAAGAUCGUCGUCUGUCUCCUCUGUACGUUGCUGUAGACAACAGGAACUGUGAGGCUGCCAGCAUGCUCCUGGAUGCAGGUGCUGAUCCAAACCUGGACCCAUUCAACGUCCUACUGCUGGCUGUGAGGCAGGGAGACAUGUACAUGGCCACCUUACUCCUGGAGCAUGGAGCUAAUGUUAAUGCCACCCUUCCUACACACCCUAUGUGAACAUGGAUCUGAGGAGCAUCCAGCAUACAGCUGGAGUGAGGCGGAGACACGUCCAAGACUGCAAGAGUUAUUUACUUUCAAAACCUUCUCGCAAAUGUAAUGAUUUUUUUUUUUUUGUGCUUCGUCAUCUUCAUCUUCUGUAUCUUCAGAAACAGUUCUGUGAGAUGAUCUCAGCUUGGUCGGUCUGGCACAGCACUGGACCCCUCAUUAACCUGCUCUUGGAUUACGUCUCUCGAGUCAAACUUCAGAAACUCCUGGACACUGAUGAUUCCUGGACACACAUCAGAGACAAAUCAGGGUACAUUCUGUACAUCCAAGUGAACAGCUCCGUGUGGAGAAACAUCUCCCAGAAAAAAAAAAUAUUACUGUGUUCAAAAGUUUGGACCCCCUUUAGGUGCAGGCCUAAACAUAUUACAGUGUUUACUCAUUUAACACAUUCAGCACCUUCAUAUUUUGUUAUAUAUUAAAAUAUAUUUGUUUUAUAUAAUUGUUGUGGUGUUUUGUGUAGUGUUGUGCUGGUUAUCUGUAGUAUUGUGUUGUGUAUUGUUGUGUUGUU